UAAUUAAAAUAGUGUUUUUUAAAUACUGAUUUGAUUUCAUAGGGGUAAAAUAGGGCUUUCAUAUACUUUCAAAUCAAUAACCGUAUCUAUUAUACCUGAUUUCUCUCUCCAUUACGAUUUUUACGCUCGAAGAAACAGGGUGAUUCUUCCCACCAAAGAUUAUAAGAUUAAGCAGAUACAAUGAGCCCUAAAAUCGAAAUCGUAUACAAUCGAAAGAAGCGAAGGACGUCGUCUGAUACAAUGGAACGAAGGACGAAGAAGAAGAUGGAUCAUUCAACUGUAGAAGACACUACAAAUCGGCGGCUUAUACUACCAAAAAUUAAGAAAUCAACCUCUUAAAAAAGUCAGGUCAAGCCAUCGGCUUAGGGGCAAAAUGUACAAAUCACGUUUCAAAAACACGAUUGACAGACCAUUGGUAUGUAGUGACUCAGAAACGUCAAAUAAGGACGAAAAAGAUGGUGAUGAUGGGAUGAAUGAUGUGGGAAAUGCGAAAACAAGAGAAGAUGUUCCGCCGUCGAUAAAAAACACACAAUACCAGGAUGUUAAUGAUAGUCAACUUGUCGUACACCCAUCCGUCAAUAUAACAUCAGAAAAAGAUCGGCUGCGAGACCCGGAUGACGAUUUUGUCGACACCCCACCACCGGGUAAACGACGGAAAUCGGCUGCCAAAAGAGGAACGUCUUGUGGAAUGCAUCAACAAGUGAGACAGCCAUAUAAGCCAUUCACGGGUGCACGGAUCAGGCCAAAAGUAGGUAUCGACAAUCUGAUAACACUAGCAUCCGGCCUAAAUGAGGAACAACGUCAGAAAGUGGAUGAAAUUGGGUUUGGGUCGAUAUUUGGUUAUAAGGUGACAGGUGUGCCUACUGCUUUGGCAAACUGGUUGGUUAUAAAUUACGACCCAGACAAUGGUAUUUUAAACGUGGACGGUGGGCGCUCUGUAAACAUAUCGUCGGAGCUUGUUAGGAGUGUUUUCGGACUGCCUAUGGGUCCAACGGAUCUUGCUGAAAAAAAGAAAGCGAGCAAAAGGAAGGAUGUUGUUGUCCAAGCGUUCAGAGAUCAGUUUAAGCAUAUGGAUAUCACCCGCUUGUCGCCAGUUCAGCUGAUGAAAUACAUAUUGGAUUGGCAGUCUGAUAAUGGAAGACUGUUUGUACUGAACUUCUUGAUUCUUUACUUCUCACUCCUAGGAGAAACCACGACGAACAACUCCGUCAAUGUGCGAUUCAUUUCAAAUAUUCAGCCGGACGUGGAUAUCAAAAGCUUCAAUUGGUGUGCGUACAUGAUCUCGUGUCUCAAAAGAACGAAAACAGCGUGGCAUGGUGGCGAUGAUGCUUUUCGAGGGCCUAUGUUAUUACUUGCGAUUGCUUAUGGAAUUGUGUUAAAGAAGAUACCUUCAUCACACAGUUCAAAUAUUAUUGAACUUGUAGAUGAUGAUCUUCUGGACAAUCUCGAAUGUGAUAUAGAAAGGAUGCAUACUGAACAAAAUAAGAAGACAAAGACAAGGGAAGAUAAAAAACACAAACGAGCAGAAGGGGUUGAGUGUGCUAGAAAAAAAUUCAAGAAGCAAAAACAAGGCCAGAAAAAGGGAAUCGAGAUCGAAGAUGAUGAUGCGCACUUGGGUAUAUACAGACACUGUGCUGAUUACCUCCUGUCACAAACUGACACCCAAACAUGUGCAUUAUUUGUAGGUCCGGAUGGCGAAGUCCGCAUUCUGAUGGUCUCUCAGUAUGGUGACACUCCAUCAGCAUCAGGAACAUCAGUUCAGGACGAUUUUGAGCUGGUUCGAGCCAAUUUGUUGGAUAACUUGUUUAGUGAAUUUGAGAUAUGCGUUCACAAGAUCAAUAACACCAUAACAGAAUCGUGUCUGAUGUUCCCGGAUAGUGAUCUGCUGAAACAGAAAGGAUUGGAGUGGAAGGAGUUAAUGAAAGUGCUGCUUGUCGUUGACGAUGAGGAAAAAAAGGAUGGAGAUGAAGUGGAAAAGGGAGAUCAAAACGUUGAGGCAGAAAAGGAUGAUGUUGCUGAGGAAGUUGAACCAGUUGAUCCGCAAAAAGGUAGUGUAUCAUUAGACGGAUAUAAAACUCCUACGAACGAGAAAAAAAAAGAUCAUAUAACACCACACACUUCUCCCUUUUCACCAAUGACGGCUUCGUUUGUCGCAGAACUGGACAAAGUUGUUGAAAGGGUUCAAAGUGAAAAAACACCAGAGACAAAGUUCAACGUUUCAGGAAUUGAAACGGUGAACUUGUCAACAAGACUGGCCGAUGCAUCAACGGAUGAAAAACGUAAAGAAGUAACGGAGCCUGUUCAGCGUCAGAGAUCGCCAAGGCCGAAACAAACAAUCAAGCUUCCGGCGGCACUGCGGUCACCGUACGUGCAUCAGCCUGUUAUGUUGAGAACCGCUCGUGAUAAGGCUGAAGAAACACUUGCUCGAUGUAUAUUUUCUGCAGUAGGAAACGUAUGGGAUAUUUUGUUCAGCGACAACGGUAACGUGUCGGUUAUGAGGGGGCCUUUUGAAUCGAUGAUGCCUGGUGUAACUGUGCACGUGAAUGUCAUCAGUGCCUGGGCCGCAUUGUUGAACCAUGAAGAAAAAAAGAGGAGGAUGGGGACAUCCCCAAGAUUAUUCUGCAAUGCAGGAAUGCUGCUGGAAAAAGAUUUCGCGUUGUCUGAAGAUGGACGAUUAGCAGAAUUUACGAACAACAUGAAUGCUGUGCUUGAUUCAACAGAACCAAAAGUAUUUAAAGGCAACUUUGAGAUGGUGUUUAUACCUAUGUUGACCGGGCAACAUUACUAUCUGCUGUUUUUCAACUUGAGAACAAGAGAUGUCUUUAUUAUUGACAACAUAGAAGGUGCUGCAGGCUUAGAAAGAUACCAAGGAAAUGUGGAGAAGAUGAUAAGUACAUUUUGUCGGUAUCUAAGACCGAUGCAUCCAAAAAUCGCUGCACAGCUAAGGAAUACACAACCAGUUCGACUAGAGUUGCCAUGGCAAACACUUUACAAUGGCAUCGACUGUGGUAUUUUCCUUAUGCGGCAUAUGGAAACUUACAAUGGAACACACGUUGGACAUUGGAUGUGUGGUUUAUCGAAUGAGAGGGACGUUACUGGCUUGGUUUUGCCUGAUCAAGCACGCGAAAUCGAGGAUCUGCGUAAGAAGUACCUCUCAAAAAUGCUCCUAAGCGAUGUGAACACGGAACGGGGACAAGUGGAACAAGAAGUACAAGAAUAUGCACUUUUGGACGAGGAUGAUAGGUUGAGAAUGGAAGAGAAUGCAAUCAAUCGGAUUGCUGAAAGGUUGGGAGCUGAAGUGUAAGUGGACAGCAGAACAAGUUAAACUUUUUGUUAAAAGACAAACAUUUUGGGAAAUAUAGAUUAUAUGAUGUGUUAGCGUUUUGGCAAAGUUGUGAUUAUGGUGUAGUUUGACUAUGUAAAGUAUGAUUACAAUCGUAAGCUGUUUGUGUUUUACACACCUUUUUAUUCUGGUG